AUGCUCACCCGCUAUUUUGAAGAAGGGCCGUCGGAAAACGACCUCCCCGAACGCGAGUACAGGGAUUGCAAAGUGUCGAUCCCUUCGGCAAUCUCGGAAGAGAUGCGCGCCCUCCAGUAG